UCGUGUGAGAGCAUCAAACUCAUGUUCGACCUCCACUCAUAUGUUUACUUUCAAUCCACUCGAUUUAAAUCGACCCCUCGGGUCGAAAUGCUUCGGAUUUGAAAAGCCAACCCUUCUGAGGAGGUUACCAAAUCGACAAUGCAUUUACAGUGCAAUGUUACAGCCAAACAAGAUCCAGCCUUCCUCAAGAAAUAACAAGGACCGCUUAAAGUCAAUAAAACGUGUUGAAAAUGCUCGCAAUUGCCCUCAUCAGAUAUCACCGCCAUCAAAUCCUCCUCAGAAAUCUGAAUUUGGGUUGAUAUGUCAAAAGGUCAGCUACCCACAAAACUGUACUCAUCGACGAGGAAUGUCCAAACCUGCAAUUCAGACAUAUAAAGCUACCAUCAGGAACAAACUCUUCACUUUUACGUUGCCAAGCACGACUUGUGAAAGCGUUCUUAAAGAUACCAAGCGAUACCUGACACAGUAUGAGCAGAUGGAAAUAAAAGACUACAGAAAAGUCUGGUACAUAGGAAAAAAGGAGAGUAAAAUUCAUAGCCGGUCACAGACGAUAUCAGAGGAGGCCAAGUCCUUCGACGAUGAUCAAGGAUUCUAUAAAGCAAGGGUCGGGGACCACUUGGCUUAUCGCUUUGAGAUAUUGAGAGUGAUUGGAUCAGGAUUUGCAGGAAAAGUCCUCAAGUGUAAAGACCACAAGACGACAAUGCUCGUGGCAAUCAAGGUGUUUCGAAAUACAAUCGAGGGUCAAGAGUUUGCAGAGGCUGAACUGAAAAUUUUAAAGUCCCUGCAAAAGUUGGACAAGAGUAACAAAGCCAAUAUGGUCCACAUGGAGGAGUACUUUUACUUCCGCAAUCACCUCUGCAUCACCUUUCGCCUAUUUGAAAAGGACCUCUUUAAAGCCUUAAUACAGAGCAAAAUGCGAAGACUCCAUGACGGAGAUAUACGAAAAUAUGCAAUAGAUGUGCUUAAGUGUCUUCAGGUGCUCAAAGGCAUGAAGAUCGUCCAUGGUGACCUGAAACCGAAGAACAUUCUGUUAGACAAGGAAAACAAUGCUGCAGUGAGUGAUUUCGGUGGCUGCAUUUUUAUGAAAGACAAUGGCAAGUGA